AUGCAGAGAAGAAAGAACUAUCUCGAUGUGAAAACGAUGUAUGUGCAACAAAAAGCAGAUAUGGAUGCAACAGGAAAGAAGAAGAAGCUAUUUGACAGUAAAAACUGUAUAGAGUUUGCAGGAAAUUACAUUUGGGAAUCUCAUGUAGCUAAGAGUGAUUUUGACUCACUACUUCAAACCAAGCAAACACAACUUCAAAAUUUCUUGAGUCUUUAUCUGGAAACUGAUAAUAUCAUUACUAUGGUCCAAAACUCUGCAGACUACUUGAUCCAGGAUGUGACCAACUAUGUGAGGAAUCACACAGUGAAAGCCUAUACGGCAGAAGAAUACACGGAGGGAGAUAUGAACGCCACUUUAGCAGCUGCUCUGAACUUUACAGUAACCGAAGGCACCCUCCCAACUGUUCAAAACUCUCAACUUGUGAGAAGAAUUAGAAAUCGUAUUGCUGUUGGACAAUAUCAUGCUGUUUUUAUGCUUGCUAAUGGAAAACUCUAUUCAACAGGAGUCAGUCAACAAUUCAAUCUUGGAAGAUCAAGCGAUACUCCAGAUCUUAAUUUUACACAGCCCGUGGAGGGACUUGAAAACCGGACUAUUUUACAGUUUCAUACUAAUCUUUUACACACGUUGGUUCUAACAGAUGAUGGUGUAUACUCUUUCGGAGACAACGACAAGUGUCAGCUUGGAAACGGCAAAACUAGCGACUCUAAAAAGGCAAUUAAGGUCAUGGGUUUUGCAUGGAACAAUAUUUCUCAAAUCGCAGCUGGACACACUGCCUCGUAUGCCAUCGAUACGAACGGUAAAGUGUGGGCCUGGGGAGACAAUAGCUUUGGUCAGUUAGGAGAUCGAACAGGAGGAGCAAAAGCUAGACCAUUUCCCAUGUUUUACAACGGUACUUUUUACGGGAAAAAAGCUCUGAGAGUUUGUGGAGGUUAUGACUAUGGUGCUGUUCUUUCUACAGAUGGCGAGUUGUUCACUUUUGGCAGUAACUCGCAAGGACAACUUGGAAUUCCAACUACCACUACUAAAACCAUUGAACCUGUGCGUAUUCCACUCGUUGGUGCUUUGUCAAGCUCUCCAGUGAUUGACAUUCAAUGCGGAUAUCAACACGUUGUGGCUCUUCUAUUGAACGGCGAUGUAGUAACUUGGGGACUCAACUCGAACUAUCAGCUCGGAGAUGGUACAAUAACGUCCCGAUAUACUCCACAAAAAUUGAUUUUCCCUGCAUAUUGCAAUGCAUCAACUAUUGCAGCUGGAUGGCAUACAAACUUUGCCACAUGUGAAAAUAAUGACGUGUAUGUUUGGGGAUGGAACUCGAACGGAGAAGCUGGGUUAGGACACAAAAAUCCAAUCACCACACCUUUAAAACACACCUACAACUUUGAUGGAAAGGUGUUGGAAAUUGCCUCAAGUCGUUUUCAUACGUUUGCUAUUACCUCAGACGGUAAAUAUCAUGGAACAGGUGUGAAUGACGUGAAAAACGUUUUCUUCAGAGGCAAUACUUUGACAACGUCAUUCCAAGUCGUUGAUAAUUAUCUCAAGCAUACCAUACCAUGGCAGCUAAGAAAGAUGCCAUACUUUGAAGCAGCUGAUCGUAUUUAUGCUCUUAUUGCGGAUGGAAUGCCACCAACGCGACCUCAAAACGGUUUCAACAUGUAUUAUAAGAAUAGAAAUGAAACUGAAAAAUCGUGGCGGCUGGUUGAGUAUAACCCAGAAACAAAUUCAGGCUUUCCGGUCUCUAUCUAUAGCAGUCAUUUCCUCAAGCUUGAUGAAUAUGUUUACUUUUUUGGUGGUUUUAUAAACGAUCAUGUCUCAGACAAAAUUUAUAGAGCAUCCUUUGCAGACGUUGAAACCACAUGGGAGCAACUCAAUUACACCCUGCCCUACAAAGUAGCAGGAGGUAUGACCUACAUUGUGAAUGAAUAUUUUUAUAUUUUUGGUGGUAUAGUUUCAAUGUACAAUGAGAACGACGGAAGCUAUAACGAGAAAGCAACAAAUACCAUUCUGAGGGCACCACUGUCCAACAUUUCUGACUGGUCUGUGUACAAUAAUCGAUUACUUCCAGCCACUCUUCAUAGUGGCCAUAUUGGAGUUGUGUGGCCUCAUUUGUACAUAUUUGGAGGAUGUCAAAAUGUCUUCAAGUGUGAUAUGAACAUUUUUAGAGCUCUUCUUGUUGACGUUGGCACAUGGGAAAUGACCUUUGGUUUACUGCCUCAUUUCUAUGGUAACGCUGUUCUUGUCCAAACAAAUGAUUACAUGUAUUUGUUUGGAGGAUUUGCCGAUCCAGAAAGACCAGGAGGUAGAUUUAUUGCACGAGGAUCCAAGCAAGAUAUUGUGGGUUCCUGGAUGGCGAUUCCUGAUUUGAUUCCUGACUUUAUGGCCUCUGCAGGUGCAUUGUCAGGAAAUCAUAUUGUGUUGGUGGGUUAUGAUUUUAGACAGAAUCAUCAUUUGGAUGUGGAUAGCGACAGAGUUGGUGAAACCAUUGAAAUUCAAGGAGAAUAA